GUCUCUUUGUGCCAAACACUCUAGCGUAAAUCGUCCGAACAACAACUUUGUAUUCAGUAGCGUUAGGAGCAUUGACUCGGCAUAUUCCUAGCAAUCAAACAAAGGGUGAACCAUUCAUAUAUUAUAAUCAGCUUAAUUAUACCGGCUACUGGAACCGAGAUGUGACAUGCACCACCAUUCUCAACUUCACAGCAUUCUGCUCUUGAUAUAACUCGUACCAAAACUCUAGUUCGAACCACCAAAACAUAUAUAAACCGUAUAUCUCCAAAAACGAAACAAAACUCAUUUACUUGAACCAGUCAAUUCUUCGACAAAUAUUACCAGCAAUGUACGAUCUCAAUCAUCUUUUAGAAGAGCAUAUCAGUAGAGAAGACCGAACAUUCUACGCAUACGGCAUCGGCAUCGGCGCGGGGAACUACGGAAGUAGUGCCUCUGAAGCGUGGACGGUCGUAUCGCUCUACACACACGGUACAGUAAACAGACAUCGUGCCGUCGAAGUGCUAAGGAACCUCGAGCGUGAUAUCAAUAGCAGACUCCGGCUAGACCAGAGACCAGAAAGGCUGGAGUUCUACCUCGAGGACGACUCUCCUAGCAACGCUUACCGGGCGAGAUCUCACAGGAUAGCGGGCACGCUCCACGCGAGUGAUGCUGUUCGGCAGAUGGGAAUCGGGGAGCCCGCCGAUGGCGAGAGGACACGCCCAGGAACACCCCGGCCUGAUAUAGAAGAGGUGACGAAGCAGGUAUUUAACGUUGAGCUGUGAAUAUUAAUAAAGAGGGGGGGGC